AUGAUGCUCAAGCCACUGAACUCCGGUUCUUGGCCGGAGUAUACCGAGAACGGUAUCGCGAACUUCGCGCGGCGAGUUGGGCGCGGGAACAGCGACUGGGAGACCCUGGUGUUCGAUGUUGGUGUCGGUGGCUGGAACGCGCACUUCAAUGUGAACAUCAACCAGAAAGGAAACAUGGUACACAUACUUUCGCAGCCUGAAUGGAAGACAAUGCCCUCGAGUAAGUUGGCGCAAACGCUCCUUUUUGUCACGCUCCUCAACUGGGAGGUGGCUGUGGGAAGCGUCGACCUUGACAUGAACGACGGGGAGGUGCGGUACAAGACAACGGCAGAGUUCGGAGAGGCGAAGAACAUCAAGCCAAUCCUCGCCACCUUCUUGGACUACCACUUCUCGUGCGGCCUCCGUUACCUAAAGGCCUUCAUUGCCAUUAGGGACGAAAAUGUCAGCGCAGAGAGGGCGAUGGAAAUUGCCGGGCACCGAGGAGGCGGCUCCUCCGAUGGCCUCCUCGCGGAGAUCGUGCGUACAACCCUGCAGUAACUUUUUCAUUGGUCAAUGUUUCCGUUAAGGCCGACGGUUUCCUGUGUUCGGGGCGCGCCGUGCACGAAAUCGGCGUUGACAAAAACCCGGCACGCGCCAUGCGGUAUCCUGCACGGCAAAAUUUGGUUGUUGGUUAACACCAAGUGUACGGUGCUCACGGGUUUGUGUCGCGUGCGGAACACCGAUCUAUUCGUGUUGGUCGUGGAAGUCCUUGCUUUCGGGGGCUCAGUUUACGCCGGCGCAAAGCGUUACACUUAGGUUUCAAAUUCGAAGCAAUUGGCCCGCAGGGUACCGUUCCUGAUGGUGUAUAAAGGUUGUGGUUUGAACGACGUUCAAGUACUUGCUGAAAUGUCGGCGUAUCUGCGGUGAGGCUCUUCGUUGGUGUGUUUUUCGGACACGCAUUAUGCCUUCAUUCGGUUGCGUCUUUUUCUUCUCGCAUUCGAUCGAUCGCACGGUUUCUCUAGACCUUUUUCACUACUGGCCAUGUCGUAUGUUGUGUGCAACGCGUGUGACUGCGGGGAGGUCAUUUUCUGGGUCAAUGUAAAUUUAUGCGUGUACUUAGCACCAGCUGAUAUCACUGAUAUAGAUAAUCAGAGUAUAGGCUUAGAACAGACUGGAAAUAGGUCCAGUGUCCAGCCGGUUUUUCUCCACUCACUGAAAAUACUCCAACACAUCCCGUUCGACUGUGGGUUUACCUCGAACGGAUAGUUUUUCUGUUUUUUUUAUUUCCUUAAAUCAGAUAUGCAACAAGCAAUGCACAUGCUUGAAGAGUUCGUGAAUACGAGAGGGGGCUUAAUCGCGAUAUCCCAUACAUUGGUACUCUCAUUUGCUCCAUGCCACCGACAUCCAAUGCCACGCUGCGUGACAAGCAAUGUUGGAUACAAUGCUGGGUGUGAAGACUGGCUACAGUAUCCUUCAAAAUGUCUUGUGGAGCCUUAGUUCUUGGCGUGGUCUCGUUUUCGUUAUUUUUUCUGUCACUUGUUUCCCGCAGUUCUGCUGCGUGCGGAAAAUACACUGG